AAAGAAACAUAACAAAUAGCCCGACCCUCACUAACGGAUGUAAAGAAAAGAAACCAAGCUGACUCUCAAUCUAGGAGAAGUGGGAGGCACAGAGGGGGAAAGGGGUUUCGGGGAAACCCAGGAUGGAAGGAAGGGUGUGCAAUGGAUCAGAUCUGGACUGAAAAGGGGGACAGAUGGGAAAGAGGAAAGAAAGGAGGGAAAGGGGAAAGAGUGAGGAAGGGGCCGGAGGAAAGUGACAAGGUAAGAAAAGGAAGGAAAGGGCGAGAGGAGGGAGGGGUGGCUGAGAGCAGUUUCGGAGAGCAGGCUGCGUCCCAGUCUGUUUGUGAUUAGCGCACAGCCCGGUGCAGAAUGGAGUAAACAGAAACUUUCAGGCGUCCCCUCCGCCCCUCGCUGAGGCAAAGCAGAAAUCAGAUGCUCUGUGAUUAAUCGUGGAGGAUUCAGGACACGACCACAAACGCUGUGUGGACUUGAAAUUAACUGCCUGUUCCCAGUCCCCUUGCCAAAAUGGGAGUUGGGGGGUGGGACGUGAAGGCGUGGGGGCCCCCCGCCUGCUGGAGACCAGCAUGGAAUUCCCCCCGGCAGAGCUGGGAGUGACACUGACAGGCAAUCGGCAGCGUCCAGCAGGCAGCAUCCGGGGGGGAGCGGGGCCCGCUGGGGGGCCCCAGGAGGGCUUCCUGGAACCCCAGCUCCACGGCCGCCUGCACCCUGACACAGGCCAGAUAAGAGUCCCUGCUGCAUUAUCAGAGCCCGGCAGAGCACCGGCCUCCCUCUACCAGAAGGAAGACUGGGGUUGCAGCAGGUCCCCAAGGCGAUCUUCCCAGAGUGGGACGGGCGCCUGGUGGCCAGCGUGGAUGGACUUUGCCGAGCCCUAGCUGGAGUCCGGGAGUCCCUGGCGAGAUGGGAGCAGACGCUUGUUGGUAGCACUAGAGAAAGCAAGGCAGCUGCAAGGAGGCAGGCGGGACGGCACCUGAGUGUCCAGACCUGCUCAAUGCAGGUGACCGCCAUGUCGGUGAGGUUGCGGUUCCUGUCCCCUGGGGACACAGGGACCGUGGGGGUUGUGGGCCGGAGCGCCUCCUUCGCAGGCUUCAGCAGCGCGCAGAGCCGGAGGAUCGCAAAGUCCAUCAGCAGGAAUUCUGUGAGAUUGCGAAUGCCUGCAAAAUCCUCCAAGAUGUACAGCACGCUGCGGAAGGGGUCGGUCUGUGUGGAUCCCAAGCCUCAGCAGGUGAAGAAGAUCUUUGAAGCAUUGAAAAGAGGCCUCAAGGAGCAUCUGUGUGUGCAGCAGGCUGAGCUGGACCGCCUGUCUGGGUGCCACAAGGACACCAGGAGGAAUUCGAGGCUGGCUUUCUAUUAUGACCUGGACAAGCAAACACGCUGUGUGGAAAGGCACAUUCGGAAGAUGGAGUUUCACAUCAGCAAGGUGGACGAGCUGUACGAGGACUAUUGUAUCCAGUGCCGCCUGCGCGACGGCGUCUCCAGCAUGCAGCAGGCCUUCGCCAGGUGCCCCCCGAGCCGCGCAGCCCGAGAAAGCCUGCAGGAGCUGGGCCGCAGCCUGCAGGAGUGUGCCGAGGACAUGUGGCUCAUCGAGGGGGCUCUGGAGGUUCACCUGGGCCAGUUCCACAUCAGGAUGAAAGGCUUGGUGGGCUACGCACGCCUCUGUCCCGGAGACCAGUAUGAGGUGCUCAUGCGUCUGGGCCGCCAGCGCUGGAAGCUCAAGGGUCGGAUCGAGUCGGAUGACAGCCAGACCUGGGACGAAGAGGAGAAGGCCUUCAUCCCCACAUUGCACGAGAAUCUGGACAUCAAGGUGACAGAGCUGCGGGGCCUGGGCUCACUGGCUGUGGGCGCAGUGACAUGUGACAUCGCUGACUUCUUCACGACGCGGCCGCAGGUCAUCGUGGUGGACAUCACGGAGCUGGGCACUAUCAAGCUGCAGCUGGAGAUGCAGUGGAACCCGUUUGAUACUGAGAGCUCCGUGGUGUCACCCAGCCCCACAGGCAAGUUUUCUAUGGGCAGCAGGAAGGGCUCCUUGUACAACUGGACACCCCCGAGCACCCCCAGCUUCCGGGAGAGAUACUACCUGUCUGUCCUACAGCAGCCAACGCAGCAGGCCUUGCUACUGGGUGGCCCCAGGGCCACCCCAAUCCUCAGCUACCUGUCUGACAGUGACCUCCGGGGUCCCAGCCUGAGAAGCCAGAGUCAGGAGCUGCCUGAGAUGGACUCCUUCAGCUCUGAGGACCCCCGAGACACAGAGACCAGUACGUCAGCAUCCACCUCCGAUGUGGGCUUCCUGCCCCUGGCCAUCAGCCCCCACGCCUCCAUUGAAGAGGAGGCCCGGGAGGACCCCCUGUCCCCAGGUGUCCUGCCACAGAUGGCCCACCUCUCGGGAGGCCCAUUUGCAGAGCAGCCCGGCUGGAGGCACCUGGGAGUGGAGAGCCCCAGCCUGCCACGGGGCUCCCCAUUCCCCAACGGCACAGCCACAGCCCCGAGCGGCCAGAAAGGCCCUGAGGAAGGGGCAACCGGGGACAGAGAGGACGGGCCUGGCUUGGUCCUCGAGCGGCCUCUGCAGGAGGUCCUGGAGUUGCUGAGGCCCACAGACUCUACCCAGCCCCAGCUCCGGGAGCUGGAGUACCAGGUCUUGGGCUUCCGAGAUCGACUGAAGCCCUGCAGAGCGAGGCAGGAGCACGCCUCAGCCGAGAGCCUGAUGGAGUACAUCCUGGAGAGCUUUGCCUUCCUCAAUGCCGACUUCACCCCGGAUGAGCUGUCCCUGUUUGGGGGCUCCCAGGGUCCCCGAAGGGACCAGCCUCUGCCCCCACCACCAUCACUGAAAACAUCCAGGGAACUCACAGCCGGUGCCCCGGAGCUGGACGUGCUGCUGACGAUACAUCUCCAAGUCUGCAAAGCUCUGCUGCAGAAACUGGCCUCCCCUGCUUUAUCAAGGCUGGUCCAGGAAUGCCUCCUGGAAGAAGUGGCACAACAAAAGCACGUUCUGGAGACACUUUCUGUCCUUGACUUUGAGAAGGUCGGCAAGGCAACAUCCAUCGAAGAGAUCAUUCCACAGGCGUCGCGGAGGAAGGGGUGCCUGAAGCUGUGGAGGGCGUGCACAGGGCCUGGUCGGGUCCUGUCCUGCUCUGCCACGACACUGCUGAACCAGCUCAAGAAAACGUUCCUGCACAGAGUCAGAGGGAAAUACCCGGGCCAGCUGGAAAUAGUGUGUCGCAGGCUCCUGGAACAGGUGGUCAGCUGUGGUGGGCUGCUCCCUGGAGCUGGGCUCCCUGAAGACCAGACCAUCACCUGGUUCCAGUUUCACAGCUACCUGCAGAGGCAGAGCGUCUCUGACCUGGAGAAGCAUUUCACCCAGCUCACCAAGGAAGUGACACUCAUCGAGGAGCUCCACUGCACGGGGCAGGCCAAGGCGGUCCGGAAGCUGCAGGGGAAGCGGCUGGGCCAGCUCCAGCCCCUGCCCCAGACCUUAACAGCCUGGGCGCUGCUCCAGCUGGACGGCACUCCGAGGGUGUGCAGGGCGGCCAGUGCUCGCCUGGCGGGUGCAGUCAGGAACAGAAGCUUCCGGGAAAAGGCUCUGCUCUUCUACACCAAUGCCCUGGCAGAGGACGACGCAAGGCUACAGCAGGCUGCGUGCCUGGCGCUCAAACAGCUCAAGGGCGUUGAAAGCAUCGACCAGAUUGCCAGCCUGUGCCAGUCUGACCUGGAAGCGGUGCGGAUGGCAGCCCGGGAAACCACACUGUCAUUUGGUGAAAAAGGACGGUUAGCUUUUGAGAGGAUGGACAAACUCUGCUCAGAACAAAGAGAAGUCUUUGGCCAGGAGGCAGAUGUUGAAAUCACAGUAUUUUAAAAUAUCCUGGCUGAUGAGCAAGUCUCGCCUCGGUUUUUUUUGCUGCUGCUUGGCCUGCAUGUAAAGCCUGAGCUCUGGGUAAUGGUGCCAUCUGCUCCUCUAGGAGUGUGAACUGCCCAGAGCUCUGCCUGAGGCUCCAGCCACUGACCCAGGGCAUGGGCUGGUCUUUUGGACAGGACAGAAAAACGCAAGGCCACGUACAGCGUUCCAAGGGCUGCAUGGCCUCAACGUCGCCCCCAACUUCUGGCUGAGGGUCUGUGUGACUUUCCCUGAGAUGCAGAGCCGAGCCGCACUUGGCGGCCACCUACAAGAGGGCCAAGGCCAGGUAAAGUGAGGCCCUGAAUAAAAGGCUCCAUGAUGAGGGUACAGAACUCCAGGCCUCCCUGCCGGUCAGCCACUCAGCACUUCUGGGUCAACAGACACUGGGAUGGAGAAGGCUGCUCAAGUCAUUUCAGCAGCAGCCAGCUGGCACCCCAGUGAGCUGGGGAAGGUGGGAAGGCACAAAGCCAGGGUUUCUACAGCCACACUCUCCGCUUGACCUGCAGCCGGCGUGCCAUGGAGCCCACGGACAGCGGCUGCUGGACUGUGAACCUCACCCUCCCUAUGCUCAGCAACACAAAGGGAAGAAGCCGCAUCAGCCCAGGAGCCCUGAGCAGCACGGGGAGUAGAGCCGCUCGCUACCCAAAUGCAAUCCAGCUUCAGAGUCAAUCGAGGGCCUCGUCAAUAAACCGCUCCAGAAGCCAUCAGCUGCCCUGAAGAAAGAGUUCGCUGAAGAACACGUUGCUUUAUAGAAAGAAAAUUAGUUUCCUAUUUAAGUCUAUUAGAAAAAAGCAAACCACAUCCUGAGAGUCUGUUAAUGUAGAGAGAACCUAGGCUUUGAGGGUGCUGUAACCACAGCAUCAGAGAACUUUCCCAUCCAAACUUCCUGUAUAUAUAUUGUGCUUUUUUGGUUUAACUUUUAGAAAACCUGGUUCAUAUGUUCAGUUCUCUGGAAUUUCAAUUAAACUAUUUUAAUUAGUGUUUUACUUUUUA